AUGCUCUGGAUGUAUCACCCUCCUAUGCUUGGAAACAGAAGAAAUGAGAGUACCAAUUCUGAUAAACUAAACCAGGACAAGGAACUUGAACCGCUUAAAAACCAAAUCGCUCUUUUCCAUGGAAUGUAUGGUUUCUCUUCCGAUACAAAAGAUAUCCUUGAUGAAGAGAGUAAGGUAACAUUUUAUGGGAAUAAAAGUGUUAUUUCCAAUCUCUUAGAGAAGUUUGAAUGUAUAUCAGCAGAGACAACUCUGGCGCGGAAGAUAUUAAUACAAAGACCUUCUUCAACUUGGGAUAUUUCUUCAAGAAGGCGAAAUGAAUCAUCUGGAAAUAUACCAGAUGAUCCACCUUCUAUUUUUCUAGUCGUGACAAAACCUUGUCCUUCAACUACUACUCUCAUUUCGGCGGUCAUUGCACUUUGGAGCCAAUAUCAGUUAUUCUAUGGUGCUGAAUGGAUUAAUCAAAUGAACAAUUCAGAUGUGUAUGAAGCUUUUGAUAGAUGGUGGACCGCUAAACUGUCUCCUCUAGAGUGUGGUGGAUCCAUUCUACGAAUUAUGGAUGUGAUAACAGUUGGUAAGCCUCUUGAGAGUAAGCAGAUUACCCUUUUAAACGAAGUUUAUUUGAAGAAUAAGAGAUUUGUUGGAUCCAUACUGUUAUACGUCCCGUCAGCUUUUCAACCACAUAUUGUUUACGAGCAAGGGCGGCGCUUACAACUAAAAAUACGCAAUACUCUUAUCAUGUAUUGUACGAACGAGUGUCAAAAUCUUCUGGAAGGAGAAGAGUACUCCCGUUUCUUUGGGCCUUUCUCGGCCUCGGAUUUGCAUUCACCUGGAUCUGAAGAUCAUGAUGAAAAUACACAUUGGGAGUUAAGUGUCAGCUGUGUUUUUAAAAAGCGACAAAAGCGGAUAUUUAUAAUUCGAUGGAACAAGGCUAAUGGAACUUCUUGUGAGAAGAAAAACAAUGAAGAUUAUAUGAUAAAAAGUGCGACGGCUGAUUAUAGCGAUAAUGAAUCACAGAAGGCACUAUGGGAACAAAUAUACGAAAUACAAACGAAGCAUGAGCACAAUUAUGAGCAUGAAGAUGGUGGAGCAUUGAAGAAAAAAAUUAAAAGGGGCGAUCUGAUCGAUGAUUUCUGGUAUAUAGUCAUUCAUAAUUUUACCGGUCUAGCAUAUGUUCACACGGACUUUCCAAUACAGGACGCGCAGCAUAUUUGGGUUCAUGUGGAUGAAAUUAUAAGCAAUAAAAAUUCUAAUGCUAGUCGAACGAUACAUAGCAAUCGGGGAUACUGGAUUGCUGAACGACAUCAAGCAUUAAGGCGUUCUAUGAAGACUUUACAUACAGAUGAACUUGGACAACCCGAUGACAAAAGUCAAAGUGAAGGAUCCGAUCUUCAAAUACCUGCCGAGUCGUUAAAUCAAUGCUGGCAAACCGAAAUGCUUACAUAUUUGUUAAUAAGUAAGACAAAACGGUGGAGCAGUCUUAACGAGACGACAGAAAAAGUAUUACGGUUCAUAGACGAAUUCUCAGCAUGUAUACUACGUGACAUGGAAACCCGCGAGACUUAUAGUAUACUCGAAAGUAAUAAAAGCACAGACAACUAG